GCGCCCUGGAAAAUUCCACUCUUGAGCUCGCUCCACCCUAUGCGCCUUUUCUCCGGCUGGGUGAUCUGCGGCUCGACUGACAUCCCGGCGGCCUUUGCGUGAGCAAAAUGGCAGCCCCCAUACCUCGGGGCUUGUCCUCCUUAUCCAGGACUUUGGGAUGGUGGUCACGGCAGCCCAUUCUGGUGACUCGGUCCACAGCUGUAGUUCCAGUAAAAUCCAAAAGCCGUUUCAGACCACCGACUCGUGAACCCAGCUACAAAACAGAAAAGGAGUUUUUGGAAUAUGCCAGGAAAGCAGGAUUGGUUAUUCCACAGGAACGUUUGGAACGUCCUAUACAUUUGGCCUGUACAGCUGGUAUAUUUGAUCCCUAUGUUCCGCCGGAGGGGGAUGCUCGAAUGUCAUCUCUUUCAAAGGAAGGACUGACACAGAGAACUGAGCGAUUAAGAAAGAAUGUGGCAUCACAGUUGGCAAUUCGAAAGAUAAAGGAAUUUGACGCUAAUUUUAAAACCAAAGACUUCCCUGAAAAAGCUAAGGAUAUUUUUAUCGAAGCUCACCUUUGUCUAAACAACUCAGACCAUGACCGGCUUCAUACCUUGGUAACUGAGCACUGUUUUCCAGACAUGGUCUGGGAGCUCAAGUACAAGGCUGUGCGCUGGAGCUUUGUGGAGUCUCUAGAGCCAGCCCAAGUGGUUCAUGUCCGUUCUUCAGGUCUGGUGAACCAGAGCAACAUGUACGGCCAGGUCACCGUGCGCCUGCACACUCGGCAGACGUUGGCCAUUUAUGAUCGGUUUGGCAGAUUGAUGUAUGGGCAGGAAGAUGUGCCCAAGGACGUCCUGGAAUAUGUGGUGUUUGAAAGGCACUUGAUGAACCCGUAUGGGAGCUGGAGAAUGCAUGCCAAGAUUGUGCCCCCGUGGGCACCCCCUAAGCAACCAAUCCUCAAGACCUUGAUGAUUCCUGGUCCUCAGCUGAAACCGUGGGAGGAGUACGAAGAGACACAAGGGGCGGCCCAUAAGCCUCAGCUAACCUGAUGGCGUGAAUGACUCCUGAGGAGCCUGGCAGAGGUGGCGCACACCUUUAGUCCCAGCACUCGGAAGACUGAGGCAGGUGGAUCUCUGUGAGUUCAAGGGCAGCCUGGUCUACAGAACAAGUUGCAGGGCAGCCUGAGCUACACAGAGAACCCUGUCUCAGAAAAAAAACAAAAGAAAAAAAUUAAAAAAAGACUUCUGAGAGGUGCUCAGGGGGUGGGGCUGCAAACUCACCUCCUCCUGGAAGGCUUCCCCUGCCUCCCCUGCCCUGCCCUGCCUGGGUCAGCAACCCAACCCCUUUCAGUCAUGGCUGAUGUGUGGCCCAGGUGGGCGCUGGGCAGCCAUGCAGCAGCAUCUUUUUACAGCCACGUUUAGCUUCUGAGGGGAAAUGAGAAGCAUCAGGAGGGAGAGCAGAUGUGGCACUGGGCUUUCCCUGCAGGCACUGUGGGAUCAGACAGCAGCUUGCUUUUUUCUAACCAUAGGCCAGGUCAGCAUUUGGAAUAAAAUACUGUCAAAGAGUUGAAUAAA